AUGAGGCUCCAAGGCGUUACUGACACACUGGGCAACCUCAGCCUAUCAAAUCCCAACCGCGUACUCGUUGUCGGCUGCGCGUAUGGAGGCAUCUCUACUGUCGUCAACCUCCUGGAACUCUCACAAGGAAAGGCCCGACAGAGUGUCUACCCAGGUCCUGACUUCAAGGGUGCACGGAGUAACAGAGGGGUUGAAAUUACUGUCAUCGAUGAGCGCGAUGGUUAUUUCCACUCGGUUGGCGCACCGCUCGCCCAUGUUACACCAAAGUACACAACCCAUAUGUGGAAGAGGUAUAGCCAUCUAAAUGAGCUGAAGCACCCAAAUCUGCACUUCAAGCAUGGAAGUGUGAAGAACAUCAACCCUGAAGCCAAGGUUGCAGAGUGGUGCGAUCGCAAUGGCAAGACGCAACACCAAUCAUAUGACUACCUAGUCAUGGCCACUGGCCUGAAGCGACCGUUCCCUGCUGUGCCGAAGUCCGGAAGCUUCGAAGAGUACCAAAGAGAUUCAAAGGCCUUCAUUGAGAAGAUCACUGGUGGCGACCCAUCGAAGUGCGAAGGAAGAAAAGUUGUAGUCAUCGGCGCUGGUGCCGUCGGUGUCGAAUUCGCUGCUGAGAUCAAGAGCUACUACCCUGAGAUCGACGUCACACUCGUGCACUCACGGAGUGAAGUACUGUCUUCGGAGCCACUACCAGCAGACGUUAAGGAGCGUGCAAAGAUCCUGCUCGAAGAAGAAGGCGUCAAGCUGGUCUUGGGUAGCCGCGCAUCCAUCACGGAACAACCGAAUGGCCAGUUCACAGUCACACUCGCAAACAACGACACAAUCACAGCCGAUUUCGUCAUUGACUCGACAAAGAAGGGAACACCAACCACGGGUGUCCUGCCUACUGAGUGCCUGAACGAGGACAAGGAGAUCAUGGUCCACCAAUCUCUGAUGUUCAAGGACAACAUUCCAAACGCAUCAUCGCACUUCGGCGUCGGCGAUGUAAUCGCCUGGACCGGUAUCAAGCGCGCAGGCAGCGCAACAGUCAUGGGUCAAGCCGCUGCACAGAACAUCUACUCCGCCAUCCUAAACUCAGAACUUGCUCCUUCAACCGAACAAUACACCCAAACAGAGCUGCCAGCAUGGGAUGCAGUCAUUGGUCUAGCAGUUGGCAAGCAAUGUCUGACAUACGACCCGAAGAACGGCAUCAAGUAUGGUGUUGAGGUCAUGAAGAAUUACUUCGGCGAUGACCUAGGUUGGACGGCGAGCUUGAAGUACAUGGGUCUGACUGAUGUUGUAGAGAGGGCGGAUAGCCCGGUGGAGGAAGUGGAGAAGACGAAGAUGACCGAGGUGGGCAUCAAGCCUGUCAGCGCGCAGGCGUGA